AUGUCGUCGGAUCCUACAGGAAGCAGCCAAGGCCGACGCCGACUGUCAAUUCCUCUACAGAAUCUAUUAUCGCCUGCGACCCCGGGCGAGCAGCAUGGGCGCGAUGCUGCGAGGUACCCCGACAACGAGACGCCGGACAGCGCGUACUGGCAUCCUCCAUACAACGCAUCCGAUGACGACGCGAGCCCCGGGUCUCCGAUAGACCCUACGGCUCUGCAGUCGGCUCUGCCACCAACUGUUAGUCAAUCCGCCGACCUCGAGGCACGCUUCGACACAGCCUCUGUCGAUGCAUUCGACGAGCCCAUGCCGCAAUACGCGGAGGAGAUGCCAAACCAAGACUACGCAGACUCGGACAGAGUUCCCUUAACGGCCGGGGCACAACCAAUAUCGGGCUCCAUUGCCAUGAUCCAUGACGGCUCUCAGGCCCGGGACAGUUUUCAGACUGCAUCAGGACGGGAUGGCGGCCCAGCUAGGGGGCGUAAUGCGACGGCUUCAAUGCACGGGCUGGAUCCGGGCCAUGGGUCAACAAGACAUCGCAGCUACGGCGCGUCAUUGAACCCAAACGAAUAUCGAAUUUCUCGUUCACCGUCGACAGCAGGUGCUCUGGCCAAAGCCGGUUCCAUGGUACGGGCCAUGUCCCAGCGGGUAGUCAACAUUAGCGGAGAGAGCGAAGUCGCCGAUCAACGUACAUCUCGACAUCGAUCCCGGUCCCCGCGGACUUCUCAGUACGACCGCGAGCGGAGCCCCUCAGUCUCCAUGUUCGUCGACACCUCGUACCGCCCGCAGAACGCAGAUGCCCCUGCCGAGAAAGCCCCCAGCGUUGAUCGCGUGGACGAGCCUCCGCGGCCUCGAGUACCACCUGCAAACCCCCUCAAAGGACACACCCUCGGAUUCUUUUCGCCAGAGAGUCGCGUCAGACUUUUUCUUUGCGACGUCUUAGUCAAUCCCUACACGGAGCCGCUCAUACUUCUCCUGAUUGUUCUGCAAACCGUCCUGCUUACUGUCGAAGCUGCGCCGAGUGUAUUCUCAGAAGGAAAUGGACGUCCCGAGAGAUGGGGAAGCAAGGCGAUCGACUGGGUCAUGCUCGGGCUCUUCGUGGUAUUCACCGUGGAGUUACUUGUCCGUAUUAUUGUCUCCGGUUUCGUCAUGAACGCCCCCGAAUACAGCAGCAUUGAUAGGAAGCGGGGAGUCCGCGCGGCCAUAAUGGACAAGUACAGAACCCUUUUCCAACCUGAGCGACGCAAAUCCGUCAAGGGUGCUCGUCAAAUAGGGCCCCAACCGUCGGCCUUUGCUCGCUCGUUUACAACAAUCAUGCAAGGCCAGCAAGCAUUGCCAGAAACCUUGGAAGAACAACAGCGUUUUCAGCUCGCACGGCGAGCUUUCCUGCGUCACGGUUUUAAUCGCCUAGAUUUCGUGGCCGUUACGUCUUACUGGAUUGCCUUUGCCCUGGGCAUAACCGGUCUUGAACAUCGCUACCACCUUUACGUAUUCAAAAUGCUUAGCUGCCUGCGCAUCUUGAGACUGCUCUCUCUCACUCACGGGACGGCUAUCAUACUGAGAAGUUUGAAGAAGGCCGCGCCGCUCCUAGUUCGCGUCGCCUUUCUCAUUGGUUUCUUCUGGCUUCUAUUCGCCAUCAUCGGUGUACAGAGCUUCAAGUCUAGCUUCAGCCGUCAGUGCGUCUGGCUUGAUCCGCAGGACCCGAAGAACCUCAGCGCCUCCUAUACAAACGCGGGAGAGUUUUGCGGUGGCUACUUGAGCAACGAGACUGGGCACACCAUGCCUUGGGUCCAAUUCGACAACCCUGGCUCCCUUGACAAUCUCGUCAAUGGGACCCGUGAGGGGAAAGGGUUCAUAUGUCCAAAAGGGUCCAUCUGCCUUGCUCAACAUAACCCCUUCAACAACACAGUCAGUUUUGACAACAUCUUGCACUCGCUUGAACUCGUUUUCGUCAUCAUGAGCGCAAAUACCUUCUCAGAUCUCAUGUACAACACGAUGGGAUCGGACUAUGUCUUAGCUGCCCUCUUCUUUGGGGCUGGCAUCAUGAUUAUGCUCCUAUGGUUGACGAACUUGCUCAUUGCCGUCAUUACAUCUUCAUUCCAAGUCAUACGCGAAGAGAGCAAGUCGAGUGCCUUCACGGCUGAUCCCGAACCCUUCAUACAUGAGGCGCCAGAAGAGCGCUUACGACGACCCUCGGCGAUGCAGCGAUUAUAUGACAAGACGUCUCCGGUUUGGGUCAUCAUCAUCACAUUCGCCUUGAUCUGCCAGGCAUUCCGCAGCGCCUCAAUGUCGCGCUCCCGCGAAAACUUUAUCAACGUUGCGGAGGUCAUCGCCACCAUCCUGCUCGACAUCGAAAUAGUCAUUCGCUUCAUUGCCAACUGGAAGAGGUUCCAUCGGAGCUGGCGAAACAUGUUCGAUUUGGGUUUGGCAGUCGUGACAACCAUCAUCCUGAUACCACCAAUCCGCCAUUCCCGCGCGUAUUCCUGGCUCAGCGUUUUCCAAAUUGUCCGAGCCUACAGGAUUGUGCUGGCCAUUCCGGUCACCAGGAAGUUGAUUCUCCUGGUCUUGGGCAACGCGGCCGGUAUUGCCAACCUCAUGCUUUUCGUCUUCCUGAUGACGUUCCUGGUGGCCAUUCUGGCCUCGCAGCUGUUCCGUGGCGAGCUUUCAAUGCACGACGACAGCGGCGAACUCCAACGUAUCUCGUUCUUUACUAUUUACAACUCCUUUCUUGGCAUGUAUCAGAUCCUGUCCACUUGGAUUGGCAGCAUGUUCCUUAUUGGCUGGUUCAUUCUGUCUUUCUUCAUUCUGAUCAACAUGUUCAUUGCGGUCAUUCAGGAAAAUUUCGACGUGUCCGAGGACGAGAAACGUCUGGAGCAAGUCAAGGCUUUUCUACAACGAAAGGAGCUCGGCCGUACCGAGAGCAACCUGGCAUUGUCUACCAUCUUCUCCCUCGGCAGGUCUCGACGGCGAAAAGAUCCGCUGGACUAUGGGCCUGCCAUGAUGGAGAUGCUUCUCAAGGACGCCGUUGUUCGGGACUUCCUGGAUGAUGACCCAACGGAUCCCCUGCAGGAUCAGAGCGGGCAUGGCGGACCUGGCACGUCCAUGCCUCAGAGAAGCACGACUGCGCUUUUCGGACCAGAUGUCAAGCCUGGGUACCUGUCCAAGUUAUGGGGUAGGUUCGUCCACCGGAUGACCACAAAGGAGCCCAACCCCUUCUACGCCAAUAUCCGUUUCGAUGGACCAAAUGAUACCCUGGAUCCGCGUCAGAUGGCGCGCCAAGCUGUUUCGGCUACUUCUGCUCGGCGGAAAGCCCAGCGAGAGUAUCUCGCUCGACACCCGAGGUACAACGACUCUCUAUAUAUCUUCCAUCCAAAGAACCCUGUGAGGCAUCUCUGCCAAAGAUUGGUCGGGCCGGCAAGAGGUUUCGAGCGAUUCGAUGGCGUGGAGCCGAAUAAGAUCGCUUGGUAUGCCUUCUCGGCCUUUGUCUACGCUGUCGUGGUAGUAAUGGUCGUUCUGGCCUGCGUGACUACGCCUUUGUAUCAGAAAGAAUACAGAGAACGACAUCCCGACAGUCUCUGGAACUGGUAUGUCUGGACCGACCUGGCUUUCACGGUUGUGUUUACUUUCGAGGCGGCUGUCAAGAUCAUCGCCGAUGGGUUGAUCUGGACGCCCAACGCCUACCUGCGCAGCUCUUGGGGCAUCAUAGACGGCAUUGUCCUCAUAACGCUCUGGAUCAACGUGGUCACAUUGCUUGUCAAUGAUGGCGCGAUUUCCCGCGCUGUAGGCGCGUUCAAGGCAUUACGAGCCUUGCGCCUCCUCAACGUUAGUGACAGUGCCAGGGACACAUUUCACUCGCUCAUCAUCGUGGGCUGGUGGAAACUUCUAGGCGCCGCUUUCAUUUCGCUUUCGCUGUUGAUCCCGUUUGCUAUCUACGGCCUGAACCUGUUCAGUGGGCUGAUGGUAUCGUGCAACGACGGCAACAAUAUCACCGCCUUGGAAAGCUGUUUUGGCGAAUAUAGUAGCACACCUUUCAGCAACGACUGGCCGUUGCUGGCACCUCGGGUGGCAUCCAACUCGUACUUCAACUUCGACGAUUUCGGAUCCUCGCUGUUCACCUUGUUCCAGAUCGUCAGCCAGGAAGGCUGGACGGACGUGUCCUUUGCAGCACAGGCGAUAGUGGGCCGUGGGCUGCAACCUCAGGACCUCGCUUCCCAGGGGAACGCACUGUUCUUCGUCGCCUUCAACCUUUUGGCAACGGUUUUCGUCCUGACGCUGUUCAUUUCGGUUUUCAUGAGAAACUACACAGAGCAGACAGGCGUCGCCUUUCUCACCGCCGAGCAGCGAUCAUGGCUAGAGUUGCGCAAGCUGCUACGUCACAUAUCGCCGUCGAAGAGCUCGUACAACGAUUCGGGCAAGAGAUGGAGGAAAUGGUGCCACAAAAGAGCGAUUGAGAAGCGAGGCAAGUGGUACCAAGCCAUCACAGUCGUGCUUGUGCUUCACUUGCUGCUCUUGGUCGUGGAGUUUAGCUCGGAACCGCUUUGGUGGACCCGGGUUCGAGAAUUGGUUUUCCUGCUUUUUGUCCUGAUUUACGUGGCCAACAUCGCCAUUCGAAUCCUCGGCCUGGGCUGGACACGCUUCCGACGCAGCUCCUGGGACAUUUACGCUCUAUUCGCAGUGUUUGGGGCCUUUGUGGCUACCAUGGCGCUGUUGAUUGCAGAUACGAGAGCCGAGACAUACGUGCAGCUACACAAGAUCUUCCUCGUCGCCAUUGUCCUACUGGUCAUCCCACGCAACGACGCAUUGGACCAGCUGUUCAAGACGGCUGCCGCCAGUCUACCGGUUAUCAGCAAUUUGUUGGCAACAUGGCUCGUGCUGUUUCUCGUGUUUGCCAUCGCGAUGACGCAGGCGUUCAGUCUUACGAGGUUCGGGGCGAACGAAACGAACAACAUCAAUUUCCGCAGCGUUCCCAAGGCACUCAUCCUGCUAUUCCGAAUGAGCCUAGGCGAGGGCUGGAACCAGAUCAUGGAGGACUAUGCUGGUAUUGAACCGCCGCUCUGCGUGGAGGAUGACAAGUUCUUCGACAGCGACUGCGGGAGCAAACCUUGGGCGAGGUUUCUCUUCGUGGCCUGGAACAUCCUCAGCAUGUACAUCUUUGUCAACCUCUUCGUGUCUCUCAUCUACGAGAGCUUUAGCUACGUGUACCAGCGCUCGAGCGGCAUGGCAGCCGUUGACAGGGACGAGAUCCGACGGUUCAAGGAGGCAUGGCGGAGCGUGGAUCCUGCGGGCACUGGCUUCAUCAGCAAGGAAGCAUUCCCGAGACUGUUGGGAGAAUUGUCCGGCGUCUUCCAAAUGCGCAUUUACCAGCCCGAGGACUCUGUGGGCCAGAUUCUCGAAGAUGUGAGGGCCGAUUCCCGGGUCUCGCGGCACAUGUCCAUCGCCACCACGAGCGCGUUCAACGAGGUCGACUUGGACAAGCUCAACAAGCGCCUCGCCCUCUUGGAUGUUGAGAAGAUUCGAGAGAGGAGGAGGCGAUACAACAUCUUCUUUGGCGAGGUGCUUGUAUCGGCCGAUCCGGACAAGGGCAUUGCCUUUUCGGACGUACUCAUGAUUCUCGCACAUUACAACAUCAUCAACGACAGCAAGAGUCUCAAGCUGGAGGAAUUCCUCAGACGACGGGCAAGGCUGCAGCGCGUGGACGAGGAAAUCAGACGCAAAAUCGUUCAAGGCUUCUUUGACACAUUAUACUGGUCGAGGCAGUUCAAGAAGCAUAUGGACCGGAAGCGCGCGUCUCGGAUGUCUGGCGUGCCGCAGCUGACCAUCCCAGACAUUUUUAUCGACGAUGACGAGAUUGAGGGCCACUUGGAGAGCGAUGGCGACGGGGCCGGCCGAGCCUUCAAGCCCGACGAGGGAUCGGUUGCGCGGUGGACGCACCUGAGCGUGGGCGAAGGCGGGUCUGGGCAACAGGCACGGAGGAGCUUGGAUGCAGACACGGCGCCGCGGGAGGGCCCGUACGAACACCCGCUGAGCCUCCCUCGGCUGUCGGUGUCGACCGGGGCGCAGGCAGAGACGACUUCGGGCUUCAGCUUUGAGCUCUAUGAACCCGAGGACGCGGCGCCGAGCUCGGCGCAGACCAGCCGACGCGGGAGCGCAGUGAGCCCGACGCAGGCCCGGGACAUGCUGGACGACUCGGUAUGGAUGGAGAGCAUUCGGCGUAGCGCGACGUUGCGUCGACCAGAGAGGGGCUCGUACCGGUACGGCGACCUGGGCUAA